CUGCUGUCACACUGAAGACAAGAUAUUUGUGAAUAUCUUAACGGGCUCGUUUCGGCCUUUGUGUUUGUUUGAAAGCUGCUGAAACAAACCCAGAGAGCACGUUUAUGUCCUCCUCGGGUAGUCCGGCUCGUACUUGUACCUCCGGCAUGGAGCGGCUGUAGCAAGCUCGCUGCGUGGCGGUUUCCGGUGUCCGUCCGUCUGCAGGAGGAUGGCGUCCGGCUUGAACCGCAUCCUCUCCACCGCCGGUCCUCCGAGUCCCAAAUACACCGAAGGUUGUCGACCUCAGACUGAAGACGGCAGUGAAAAUCAUCGAUAAGCCGCUCGGGUUUUCUCCCCUAUCUCAACGGACCUGUGUAAACACAGAUACAGCACUCAGCUACUCUCAGGGUGUCAGCUACCAUUUCUUAAACCACAUCCACCUUUUCAGUUUGACACUGAAAUCCCCCACAUCUGCCAAGAGCUGAAUCCCUACAUGCGAAGUGGAAGGAUGACGGAGGCGUGGCAGCAGCAGCAGCAACAUGCAGUGGCUCCACCCUCUGUUGUGCACACGCUCCCCCAGGGAUCUGACAACCCUCUGGGCUGCACCGUGUACGGAGUCGUCCUACAGCAAGAUGCCUCCCUGCAGCAGCCCCAGCACGGCCAGCAGCUCACAGUUCAAGCCCAGCAGCCCUCCUUGCAGGUAGGAGGUGAGAGAGGGCACAAGUGUGGAGCCUGUGGCCAUGAUAUAUCUCACCUGGCCAACCCUCAUGAACACCAGUGCAUGGUGAACCAAGACCGAUCCUUCCAGUGUACUCAGUGUAUGAAGAUCUUCAGCCAGGCGACCGACCUGCUGGAGCAUCAGUGUGUGCAAGUGGAGCAGAAGCCUUUUGUGUGUGGUGUUUGUAAGAUGGGCUUCUCUUUGCUCACCUCCUUGGCCCAGCAUCACAACUCGCAUGGCAAUGGAAACAACCCGAUGAAGUGCUCCAUCUGUGAGAAAACAUACAGGCCGGGUUCUGGAAACGUCACCCCAACGUCAUCAGCUGCCAACCCUCAGCAGCCCUCCACUGGUGAGACGUCCAGUGGCGGUGCAGCCAUCAGUGCCUCGUCUCCUCCUUCAUUUGAGGCCUCUGCACCAGACAGGCCAUAUAAGUGCUCAGUGUGCCAUAAGUCCUUCCGGCAUUUAUCAGAGCUGACCCGCCACGAGAGAGUACACACUGGGGAAAAGCCAUACAAAUGUGACACGUGUGAUAAAAGCUUCAGCCAGUCUUCACAUCUGGCGCACCACCAGCGUACACACAGCUCAGAGCGGCCGUAUAAAUGUGCGGUGUGCGAGAAAAGCUUCAAGCACCGCUCGCACCUUGUGCGGCACAUGUACGCUCAUUCAGGCGAGCACCUUUUCAAGUGCAAUUUGUGUGAGAUGCACUUUAAGGAGUCGUCUGAGCUCCUGCACCAUCAGUGCCAGCCGGAAGGGGAGAGACCUUUCCGCUGCGGUUCUUGUGGGAAGAGCUUCAAGCGCCCGUCUGACCUGCGGCAGCACGAACGCACCCACUCAGAGGAGCGACCUUUCCAAUGCGAGGAGUGCCAGAUGAGCUUCAAACAGCAGUACGCUCUCGUGCGCCACCGUCGCACCCACAAAAACCCGGCCGAUCGCCCUUUCAAGUGUAACCUCUGUGAUAAGGGGUUUCUCCAGCCAUCCCACCUGCUUUACCACCAGCAGGUUCACGGUAUGGAGAGUCUGUUUAAGUGUGCGUCCUGCCAGAAGUCGUUCAGCCAGUCGGGAGAACUGCUGCGGCACAAAUGCGGUGGCGAAGUGGAGAAGCCGUACAAGUGCGACGUGUGCGGCAAAGGUUACAAAAAGAAUUCAACGCUGCAGCGCCACCAGAACUCUCACUGCACAGAGAAGCCGCUGAAAUGCUCCCUGUGUGACAAGCGCUUUGUGUCGUCCUCCGAGUUCGUUCAGCACCGCUGCGACCCGACCCGCGAGAAGCCGCUGAAAUGUCCCGACUGCGAAAAGCGCUUCAGGUACUCGUCUGAGCUGCAGCGCCAUCGGCGAGUUCACACCGGGGAGAAGCCUUUCAAGUGUGCAAGCUGCGACAAGAGCUUCAAGCAACGCGAGCACCUGGCCAAGCACCAGAGCGUGCACUCGCGGGAGACGCAGUUUAAGUGCGUGUGGUGCGGAGAGCGUUUUGUUGACCUCACGGCUCUGCAGGAGCACACGGUCCAGCACACUGCAGAGGGGGAGAGUUUCCCCGAAGCUCCCUGCAUCCCAUGAACCGAACUGCUCGUCAGUCCUUAGCAGCAAACAUGACAUUCACCCACAAAGCAACAUGUGCCAGCCUCCGCUCUCCCAUCUGUUUAUAACAUGCACCAUUAAUUAUGUUUAAUGAUUUUUAGUAUCAGUAACGUGUGAAGACUGAAUAAAUCCUCAUCCUUUGAGAAAAUAUCUGAACACCCUGAAUCGACAGACGGAGUAGGAUCCCUCGUCUUAUUUUGGAACACAUGGAGAAGAACUUGAACAGAAUGGAAAAAGGCGUGUAACGUAAAAUGUGCGAAGAGUUUUUUUUUUUUUUUUUUUUUUUUUAGUUUAGUAGAGUGCGGGACCUUCUAAGGUUGCAUGUGAUCGUCUGUUUUGUAACUGUUUAUGUUGUUGAGAAAGAUGACAAGAACAUCCAGACAGUUGUCACGUACGUGUGUGUGCGCGCGCUCAUGUGUUAACCUCCCCCUGAAAUCCAUGUGCCUUUUUUUACCGAUAACUCCUUUUGUGUUUUUGUUAAUCUCAUGUCCCAGUAAUAGCCCAAAGUCCUCUCAUCCGUCUACAGCGGCUGGCUUGUGCAGCAGUAUCUUUUCACAUACUAGACCCUAGGUAGUAUCAUCUGUUUGUGCAUGAAUAUUUAUCACACUUUAAUAUCACUGUUGUAUUAUAGGUUUGGUUUAUUUAGGAAAACAUCCUAAGAAGAAGAAGAAGAAAAAAAGUGGAUUUGUGAAAAUGUAUAGCCUGUGUCCUAUGAAAUCUGUGUUGUUGCAUCUUUGUAUUAAAAGAAAUGACAGCUAGGUAACUAACCCAUACCUAUCAUGUCAUACAAACACUUGACAUGUGCAAUAGAACAUGCACAAUGUAAUAUUUAUGACUACUGAUUCAUGGCAUAGUCUACUCUGUUAUAUUAUAGAUUGUGUGUAUACGCUUAUGUAAACAUUGAAAACUGUAUAGUGCUUAUGUUACCUGCUUUUGUAUUCACCACAAAUGAGCUUGCAGUAUUUUGCAAGUUUUAAAAGUUUCAGUUCCAGAUAGAUUCUCACAGGGUUAAACCCCCGGCAAGACUCCAAAGCAUUAUACUGCUCACUUGCCACAAACGAGCUGCGUUUAGUUACUGUGCUAUUAGAUCUAACAAAAGUAAUAUUUUUUAUCUUAUUUUGAAGAAUUGGCCUUGUAACAUCUUCCUCCUGGUCCACACCAGAAUUUAAUCUGAGUAGCCUCAAAGUUACGAUUUAUGUGUUGGUUUAGGCCGGGCAUAAAGUAAAAUAUUUCUGUGCUUUAGUUUACUGUGUGGGUUUCUAUAUUCUGUACAAUCUUUGCAGUAUAUAUUUAAAAGAAAGUUUUUGGAGUUUAAAAAUCAUGCACAACGGGAAUUGCAGCGGGCGGCCGAUGCCUUUGUGGGGGGCCUGUGUGGUUGUGCCAUGGUUCAAGUCCUGGUGAGUCUGCUUCAGAACCUCCUGUUGGAGGUGAAUGAGUGUAACGAAGCGUUAGAUUUACACAUAUGGAUAUCAAUAUAGACUCCUGUUCAUACUGUAUACAGACAAUUAAAAUAAACCACCCUUAUGAAAAUAAAGGUGUACAUUGUUUUCAUCA